AUGGCAAACAUUGAACGGUAUUUCGGUCAGUUUGGUGUCAAUCAUUACCCCCCUGGGGUUCGACCGGCGCUAGAAGAAUUGACCAGCACUUAUCAGAAGCUGCGUCAAUCACCGGAAUUCCAGCGCGAGCUCAACAAGGUGCGAAUCGGAUCGGCUAUCGGGCCACAUCCCUUCCCCAUGAUCGUUCGAGACUUUCAGGGUGUAGUUGGCCAAGAGGCCCGCGAGCAAUUCCUUUCGAUCACGAAUGGCAGCUUGCCCGAGCAUGUUGUUGCCUGCGUUGCAAGUGGCUCGAAUGCGAUGGUGGAACCGCUGGGCAAAUCCGAUGAACUCGGCCAACACGCGGCGACAUUAUCCUAUGGCAGACCGGGAACGUUGCAUGGUGCCCGAUCGAUUGUGCUGCAGCAAGAUGAUGGUGCGCCUGCGAGUGUUUCAUCCGUGGCAUCUGGGCUGGUCUACCCCGGAAUCGGCCCGGAGAUUGCGAUGCUGCAUCAAACCGGUCGGCUUUCCGCCGCAGCAAUUUCCGAUGAGGAAGUCAUCAGUACCUUUUUCCGCAUGGCAAAAUUCGAGGGAAUCAUCCCUGCAUUGGAAAGUGCGCAUACGGUAGCGUUCGCGAUCAGAUUGGCAUCGCAGCGCCCUUUGUCUGAACGAAUCCUGGUCAAUCUUUCGGGGCGCGGCGACAAAGACGUUGACUACGUGCUUGAGAAUUAUGGGACAGGUGUAUCUAGUCUUUAG